AGAUACGAGCUUGUACCAGUACAAGCUCGUACAUCUCUCGACGAGUCUCGUACUCCUGGUAGGAAGGGCAACAGCAGGAGCAAAGAUUAAACGGCGUGCGUGAGGUAGGUGACCACGCUGUGGGAGACGUAGAGGAGUUUACUGCGGGGGCGGACAAAUCGGUCCUGGUGUACUCUUUUACUUACUCUUGAGCCAUGUCCGUGCGCUGCUUGUGUUCGCGAGGCCGACGAUCAACCGUCGUGCUCUGUGUGAUUCUGGCAGCCGCCGGCAGCGCGAGAGCGAGCCCCGAGCCAACGUGGGCGCGCGAGAUCGGGGUGGGCGGGAAGCGGAUCAUCGCGUGGGAGCCGCCUCAGCAGGCGCGCGCCGCGUCCCUACUGGGGCAGGACUCGGCUUGCGAAGGUGGCGUUGGAACUUGUGUGGUCGCGUGCACGGACUUCGCGUGCAGUGCGGCGCAGGUGCGGUGCGCGGCGCUCGCGUGGUGCGUGGGGUUCUCGCGGCCGUCGAAGGACGUCGCUUGCGGCCGCAAGUGCCUCAACCGCGACGCGACGCUCAAGCGGGACCACGCGUUUGAUGUGGCAGGCGCCCCGGAUUGGUGGGUGUCCGCGUCACGCAAUUGCCUCGAUGCGCGGCGCCGGGCGCUCGCCGGGCCCGGCGGCGCGGAGGCCGUGCGGGUUUGGGUCGAGCAGGGCUGCGACGUGUACGGUGCGGCGUGGCCCGCGCGGUCGUCGACACUCGUCUUCGACGUGGGACUCGCCGGCGGCGAGGACACGCGGCUUUUCCUCUCGCGAGGCUGGCGCGUCUUGGCGGUCGAGGCAAACCCUGCGGUCGCGCGCGCCGCUACGACCACCCCGGCUCUCCGCCGCGCGACCGAGGACUCGUCCCUCGUCGUCGUCCGACGCGCCAUCGUCGCGCGCGCGACGGCCGAGCCAGCCAUUCUCCGCGUCCCGCGGCGCGGCAAUAGCGAAGUCGCGUCGCUGGAUCCCGGCAUCGCAGCGAAGUGCAGGCGGCUCGGGGGCUGCGCCGAGAUCCGCGUCCCCACGACGACGUGCCUCGCACUAAUCCGCGAGCACGGCCUCCCGACGGUCCUCAAGGUCGAUAUCGAGGGCCUCGAUCGCGCUUGCGUCGAGAGCCUCGCGGCCGAUCCGGCGGCUCGACCCCACUACGUCAUGAUCGAGGACAAGAGCGCCAUGGACCUCCUGACCAGCCUCGGCUACACGCGUUUCAAGCUCCAGCACGGCUACAGCGUCGCGCAGGCGCGAGUUGCGCCGCGCGCGCGCGGCGGCGCGCCGUGGGAGGUCAUCAACGCGGCGACCGGGACGCUCGCAUGGUCGACGGCCGAGGAGAUCAACGCGGCUCUCGCGCGGGGGCUACGCCGGCAACCCCACGACCUCUACGCCGCGCUGACGGAGCCGCACGCCGACGAGGCCGAGUUUAUGCGCGUUGUUGCAGAGUAGUCUGUGUGUUUGUUUACUGAAUGAGUUCUUG